AUGGAGUCGACCAUCGAGAAGCUUCAAAUUGUCAUGUCGGAGGAGGAGAGAGAAGCGAAGGACCGUGUUAAGCCCGACAAUGGUCCUGCGUUUUCUCCAGACGGGAAGCUUCCCGACGAGUCCGAAGCUGCAAAGGAGCAUGACACGUCGAACGCUGCGAAGGAGCCUGACAAUAACAAUCCUGCUGGCCCGGUUAGUACAGAUAACUCUCGCAAAUUCUCUGCUCGUAUUGCUGCAAAACAAACAAUGGAUGAAUCUGAUAAGCUUGAGAAUCCUAAACUCCCUCCCAUUGCGUCCUCUGAGAGUGAGAGUGAGACUCCUGAGGAAGAGAGUUGCGAGCUUCUGAGAGAAUACUUCCCCACCAAGGAAGAGAAGAUUGCUGACCUCAAAAGAAGGCAACCGAAGGACACCGCAAAGGUUAUUGACGCGAAGGCAAGAAAGACAGAAAGACUGAGGACACUUGCACAGACGCAAAAUGGUAUAUAUGUGGGCAGCAGCACGGUCAAGCGAAUGUUCAGUAACAAAGAACCUAGAGGUCGUGGUUAUGAUCCCUUUCGGAAGGCGGAUAAGCAGAUGAAGGAGGUCGUCUUGGAUCAUUACAAGAGUUGUCCUGGACUAGGAAAAAAGAAGACCAUUAAGACCGUUCAUGACUAUCCACUACGCUUUUGGUGGUAUGACCUCCUAAAUCAGAACGAGUGGCUCAUUGACACGCACAUGAACGCUGCUGUCUACUUGCUGAGGACACGAUUGUUGGAUCACCCCGAAUGGUUUAGAAGUGACAGGUUUUGUUUGGUUGACACCACAUUUGGGCAAUAUUGGACGGCGAAGUACGACGAAUUCAAGAUGAUAGAGCCCAACGAACUUGGUGAAGGAAGACCACUGCCAACGCUAUCGUACGAUUACUACAAAGGUGUCUUACCAGAGCCUCGACCGACAAACAAGAUCUGGGGCGUCGACAUCGAUGAAUUGUACAUACCUUUCAACCUGAAUGGUGACCAUUGGGUUGCUCUAUUCGUUUCCUUGCCAAAGAGGCACAUCACCAUAUACGAUAGUAAACCUAGUCACGUGAAGCCGGGUCUUUUGGCUUCUCUAAUAGAACCUGUGACAGUGAUGUUUCCAUAUCUGAUGAGGCAGUUGGCGGAUGAAGACAAAAAGUACGAGUGGACUCUCGAACCGUUCACCUACGACCGUCCUAUCGACCAAGCUUCCGUGCCACAGCAGGCUAAUGGCAGUGACUGUGGAGUGUUCACACUAAAGUUUAUCGAGUGUCACGCCCUUGGUAUUGAGUUUCCUCAGACCUUGUGCCAUAAGAACAUACCAAGCCUUAGGCUGAGGCUUGCAUAUGACCUAUUCGAGGAGACAGGGGUCCGGGGACCAAAGGAGCGAGACUGGUCCGAGUUGGAUUAA